AUGGCCCCGAGCCCCGCUCCUCUCCUGCUGCUGCUGCUCCUACCCCUGCUGACUCUGCCUCUGCUCCACGACUGGGCCUGGAAUGGGGCAACUCGGCGCCGCUUUGAGUACAAAUUCAGCUUCAGGGGGCCGCGGUUGGCACAGCCGGGCAGGGAGAUGCCCUUCUGGAGUCAUCAUGGAGAUGCUAUCCCUGGCCUGGAGGAGGUGAGGCUGGUACCAUCCAUGCGCAACAAGAGUGGAGCAGUUUGGACCCGAAACAGGAUCCCUUUCCUGAACUGGGAGGUGGAGGUGGCCAUCCGUGUGUCGGGCCUGGGGCGCCUGGGGGCCGAUGGGAUGGCUAUUUGGUACUCGCAGGAGAGAGGCCAAACGGGCCCAGCCCUGGGCGGCCCCGCCCUCUGGGAGGGCAUCGGGAUCUUCUUGGACUCCUUUGACGAUGAUGCCCAGAACAACCCUGCCAUCCAGGUGGUGGCCAGCAACGGACGAAUCCCCUACGACCGGCUCAAGGAUGGAGGGGCCCAGGUCCUGGGUUCAUGCGUGCGUGAUUUCCGGAACCGGCUUCAUCCCUUCCGAGUCAAGAUCACCUACUGGAGAGAGAAAUUGCGGGUGUCCAUUAACAGUGGCUUCACAGCCCAUGGCGGCGUGGACGAGCUCUGCACUGAAGUGGCACCCCUCUCCUUAUCCCCCAGUGGUUUCUUCGGGGUCUCAGCUUCCACUAGUUCCUUGGCAGAUGACCACGAUGUUCUGUCUUUCUCCACCUUCAGUCUCAGCGAGGCGGCCCCAGAGGUGAUGUCUUCUCCAAAUGGAGUCUGGUCAGGCUUGGGGGACCGAGGGGACAUGCCAUGGCCCGGGUUGUUCCAAAGCCUCCCCCUUGAAGGGAGAUUGCUGUGUUCGAUUGCCCCAGAUGCUUGGAUCCCUGAAGCUGAGCAGCACCGGUUACAGCAGCGCCUGAAGGAUUUGCAGAAGGAGGUGAUGAGCAGGAAGGACUCUUCAAAGCUAGACUUGACUUCCCCCAACCUGGGGGACAGGUCCUUUGAACAGGCGAUGACCUUGGAGAGACACAGCCGGAUCCUGCAGGAGCUGCAGGGCCUCUCGGAGAAGAUGACCCAGACGGCAGCACAGUGGAAGCAUCAGCUGUCCUCCUUGGGAGGCCCAGGCAGGGAGGAAGCCCAGGACCCCAGGGCUGGAGAGUGGAACUCUGUGGCCUCCAGUACUCUUCUCAAGAGUCAAGAAGCUCUGCUCCAGGACUUACAAGAGAUGAGAGCGGCCGCUGCCCGUAUAGCCUCCCGGGCUGAAACUUUCUACCUCCCUGUGGGCACCGAGCACCAUUUCCCGGAGCUGGAGCGGAGCAUCUCACUGCUGCAGAUGGACGUGCAGAGCCUGCUCAACUUGCCGAAGUCGACGAAGAAACUGCACUGCCAAUCUGGGUUACUGGGGACUUCAUGCCUGUCCCGGGGCAUCUUCCUCUUGUUUCUUCUGAUCCAGACGGGAUGUGCCUUUUACUACGUGCUUUUCAGAAGGCUGAUUCCCAUUGAAGGCUGCCACUUCCUCUCAGGAGCAGAUGCCCAAGGAUCUGAGUCUGGCAGCCGCAGAGGGAGGAAGAUGUCCAAAUGUCCUAGUGGAUUCUCUAGAGGAGCAAUUGGCAAGAAACCUCAAGUGGUCAUCUAG